UGGGUCUUUGUGAUUUCACAGCCGAGGCCGUGCAAAAAAUCCUGUUGGUGAAUGUUCCGUCAUCACAGUCCUCUGAGCCUGUGUAGGAAUGUAUUUUGGAGUGGACUUGUGAUUUGAAGAAGUGAGAUGGGUUUUCUUAGUUGACGUGUUUAAUUUUGUAUGAUGUCGUUUUCCCCCUUUCCCGAAAUAGUUUUUUUGUUCUUAUUCAUUACCCCGCCCAGUUGGUGACGGUAAUGCACCAUUAACAUUGGAUGCUAACUCCCUUUAAACCCAAUCGAAGAAGAUCAACGAAGUCUCGUGAAGUUUUCAUGCGAGAUCCCUUACCGACCGUAGUGACGUCAAUUUAGAGAGACACGCAACAAUGGGUCAAAGCCAAAGUGGGGGCCAUGGACCUGGUGGAGGCAAGAAGGAUGACAAGGACAAGAAGAAGAAGUAUGAGCCUCCCAUCCCCACCAGAGUUGGGAAGAGGAAGAAGAAGAGCAAGGGACCAGAUGCGGCCAGCAAGCUACCUUUAGUCACCCCUCACACCCACUGCCGUCUGAAGCUGCUGAAGCAGGAGAGGAUCAAAGACUACCUGCUGAUGGAGGAGGAGUUCAUCAGGAACCAGGAGCAGAUGAAACCGCUGGAGGAAAAACAGGAAGAGGAGAGGUCCAAGGUGGAUGACCUGAGGGGAACACCCAUGUCUGUGGGGAACCUGGAGGAGAUCAUCGAUGACAACCAUGCCAUCGUGUCUACGUCAGUAGGGUCAGAGCACUAUGUCAGCAUCCUCUCCUUCGUAGACAAAGACCUGCUGGAACCCGGCUGCUCUGUACUGCUCAACCACAAGGUCCAUGCUGUGAUUGGUGUCCUGAUGGACGACACUGAUCCCCUGGUCACAGUGAUGAAGGUGGAGAAGGCCCCUCAGGAGACCUACGCUGACAUAGGAGGUCUAGACAGCCAGAUCCAGGAGAUCAAGGAGUCCGUGGAGCUGCCUCUCACCCACCCUGAGUACUAUGAGGAGAUGGGCAUCAAGCCUCCUAAAGGAGUCAUCCUCUAUGGAGCACCUGGCACUGGUAAGACCCUGCUGGCCAAGGCGGUGGCCAACCAGACGUCAGCUACGUUCCUGCGUGUGGUGGGCUCUGAGCUGAUUCAGAAGUACCUGGGGGACGGGCCCAAGCUGGUCAGAGAGCUGUUCAGGGUGGCAGAGGAACACGCACCAUCCAUCGUCUUCAUCGAUGAGAUAGACGCCAUCGGCACUAAAAGAUAUGACUCUAACUCUGGAGGAGAACGGGAGAUUCAGAGGACUUUGCUGGAGCUUCUCAACCAGCUGGAUGGUUUUGACUCUAGAGGAGAUGUGAAGGUGAUCAUGGCCACCAACAGGAUAGAGACUCUGGACCCUGCCCUCAUCAGGCCUGGGCGUAUUGACAGGAAGAUAGAGUUCCCUCUGCCUGAUGAGAAGACCAAGCGGAGGAUCUUCAACAUCCACACCAGCAGGAUGACCGUAGCAGACGACGUCACCCUGGACGACCUGAUCUUAGCUAAAGAUGACCUAUCAGGAGCUGACAUCAAGGCCAUCUGUACUGAGGCUGGCCUCAUGGCCCUGAGAGAGCGCAGGAUGAAGGUCACCAACGAAGACUUCAAGAAGUCCAAGGAGAAUGUGCUGUACAAGAAACAGGAGGGCACACCGGAGGGCCUGUACCUCUAACCUAUAACCUCUGACCUAUAACCCCUGACCUUUCCACAGUGUGAAAGAGAGGAGUCUGGCUGUCUCCUCACAGAACGGAGUUUUGAUAUAAUUUGUUGCAUGUUACGUUGGACUCAACACUCCCACUGUCUACCUUUAUGUGCUAUGAUAUGACAGACAAUAAAUACAAGAAUUUGAAUGUGA